CUACCAUCGAUUAUCGUGUCGGCGUAUCGAGAUCAUUGACGUUUACCUUGUUUAUCUAGUGUGACGAAUUCUAUAUUAGUAGUAUAGAUUAAAGGCGUAGCAUGGCGAUGACGAAAACCAACGAUACAAUCGAUCUACCGACAGCAAUCAACAAAGCUUCUAAAAAUGGAAAGAAACACUCAAUCACAAAAAUGGAAGUGGCAACCGAAGAUGAUGAGAUUACUUUGGAAGAUUUGGCGCCAGACGGUGGCUGGGGAUGGAUAAUUGCACUAGCGACGAUACUAGUUUUUAUUAGCACCAUUAGCCCGACAACGUCAUUCGCUAUAAUUUUCGGUGAUUUCAUCGAAGCUUCCGGACAGGCGGGGAUGGCAAAUAGUCUUUUCAAUUCCGUCUUUAUGAUCACUUACUCUCUUGCCAGCUUGCUGACUAAUACAUUAUUAAAGAGAUAUUCUGCAAGAUCAGUGGGAAUCAUGGGAGCACUUCUCUUCUCGAUACCAGACAUUGUCCUAGCGUUUGUCAGAAAUAUAUACGACAUGGCUUUUCUAUUUUUUAUCCAAGGUUUCGGAACAGGUUUAUUUUUUACAAUCUGCAACACCAUUUUCAAUGCAUAUUUCGUGAAGAAAAGGGCAAAAGUGAUGAGCGCAUCACAAGUAAUCAUCUCGUUGGGCGGUAUUGUUUAUCCCUCAUUGACUGAAAAGAUGAUGACGAUGUACGGUUUUCGCGGCACUGCAGCGAUUAUGGGCGCAAUAAGUCUUAACAGUAUCGUCGGCAUGUCCGUAAUGCAUCCCGUGGAAUGGCACGCUAAAAAACCAGAAGAAGUUCGCGCCGAAAGAGCGCGUAAGAAGGAACGAAAAUUUCAACAACAAUUGACGUUAUCCAACCGUCGUUCAACGAUUGGCGCUAAUCACGUGUCUUCCAAGGCUAGAUGGAGUAGUCUUCGUAGUCUUAAGGAAGAAAAUGGCACAGACGUGUCUCUACUACUUGAAACUGUUAAGCCUACUGCGUACAGAGUUGCAUCAAUAUCAGCGAUCGAGGAUGAGAUCCACGAGCGAACGAGAUCGGAAUCUAUCCAGAAAAAUUUAACAAGACGUAUGUCAGUUGUUUCGGCGUCCAGUUUGGUCAAUUUGGCGACGAGCGUUGCAUUAAGUGACAUACAUCAACAUCAUCUUCAUGAAAAGCAGCAUAAGGAAAGGCAAGUUGAUAAGGAAAUCCAGGAGAAAGAAGAGAAACAAGACAAUGAGGAGAAACAAGAACAAGAAGAGGAGAAAGGCUACAAAACCGUCCUAAGAGAACUUCUGGAUAUGUCACUGAUAAAGAAUCUAGGUUUCUUAAACUUGUGCUUUGGCAUCAGUUUCGUGUGCACCAGUGACUAUGGGUUCUCCUCUCUUCUCCCGCUUAUGAUGAGUGAUGCGGGAUAUACGAAAGGCGAUGCGGCAUUAGCCAUCACGAUUAGUGGGAUAGCCGAACUGGUUUCGAGAGUUUUACUGACAAUGUUUACGUUAAUAGUGGACGUAAAGGCUAAGUAUUUGUUCUUCGGAGCUAUGAUCUUUAUGGGAUUUGCAAGAACAGGCUUUUUAUUAUGUGAACAUACGCUUGUGGGUGUAUUAAUUAUGACAGCGAUAAUUGGUACUGUGCGAUCGUGGUUGAUAGUUCCGCAGCCUCUAGUCAUCAUUGAAGAUAUACGUAUAGAACAAUUUGCCUCAGCUUAUGGCAUCUUCGCUGUUAUCAGCGGUUUAGUGACCAUAAUCUUCGGCGCUAUUGUAGGAUUUAUUAAGGAUUGGACUAAUAGCUAUAAGAUUUAUCAAGUCUCUCUGCUAGUAUUAAAUUGUGCGUUUAUUAUACCUUGGGCUUUGCAAUUUAUCUUUAUAGAUCUUAAAAAAUGGCGAACACAACGAAUGCAAAAAAUCAGUGCAAAUUCCUUAUCUAACAAUCAUCAAUGGAUGUAAAAAAAUGCCGAGAGGUAUAUGUAAAUAUACAUCUAUAUAAAUGCUUAUUUAAUUCAAUUUUGUGCAUAACGAAAAUUCCAUGCAUGAAGUAUUAUAAUAAUAGAAAAGAAUUAUAUUUCUGCUCUUUUUUUAUGUGUACCAACACCGUUGGAUAUUUUUAAUGUAUAUAUUUGAAAUUAUACGUAUAUUUAACAUUA